AUGCCUGUCCAGCGGCUGCCGGGCUGCCGCGGGCUACAUAUCAACGAAGACAACGGGCGCUUCCUCCUCCUCGCGGUCCUCAUCAUCCUGUACCUGCUGUGCGGCGCGGCGGUGUUCUCCGCCAUAGAGAGACCCUCUGAGCUGCGCGCUCACGGCCGCUGGAACAGGGCACUCUACAACUUUAGCGACACGUUCAACAUCAGUCUCGCGGAACUGAAGUCCUUCUUACGGCAGUACGAGGCGGCGAUCGCUGCCGGCAUACGGGCUGACGUUCUCAGGCCAAGAUGGGAUUUUACUGGCGCUUUCUACUUUGUGGGGACCGUUGUGUCAACUAUAGGGUAUGGUAUGACCACCCCAGUGACAGCAGCAGGGAAGGUCUUCCUCAUCUUCUAUGGUCUCCUUGGCUGCGCCGCCACCAUCCUUUUCUUCAACCUCUUCCUGGAGCGCAUCAUCACCCUCCUCGCCGUGGCGAUGAAGGCUGUGCGUGAGCGUCGUAUCCGCACCAGCGGCCUGGUGCCUCCAGGGAUCCAGCAUGACUUCUCAUCCUACAGCCUGCCGGGCUGGAAGCCCUCGGUCUACCACGUCAUGCUCAUCCUGGCCCUCUCUGCCAUCCUGAUCUCCUGCUGCGGCUCAGCCAUGUACGCAGCGGUGGAGGGCUGGGCCUUCCUGGACUCGCUGUACUUCUGCUUUGUCACCUUCAGCACCAUCGGCUUUGGGGACUUGGUGAGCAGCCAGCGAAACGUCUACGAGCAGCAGACGCUCUACCGCCUCGCCAACUUCCUGUUCAUUCUGACGGGCGUGUGCUGCCUGUAUUCGCUCUUCAACGUCAUCUCCAUCGUCAUCAAGCAGGUGCUCAACUGGCUGCUGGAGCGGGCGGGCCUCCUGUGCUGCCAGCGCUGCCACAAGACCAACGUCUUCCUGGGCAGACGCAACGCCAUCCGGCCUGGCUCAAGAAGCCGCAGGGGGCGCUUUGGACGGCAGGAGUGUCCAGACGCCCCGCCAAGCGACAGCGACACAGAGGGGAGGCGUCUGUCCGGGGAGAUGAUCUCCAUGAAGGAUCUGACAGCCUCCAACAAGGUGAGCCUGGCCAUCAUGCAGAAGCAGCUGUCGGACUCCGCCAAUGGCUUCCCGGCCUGCGGAGGAUCCAGACACAACGGCUUCUCCGGCGGCGUGGGAGCUCUGGGGAUCAUGAACAACAGGCUGGCGGAGACCAGCAACUCCAGAUAGACACCAGACACAAGGAGAGAAAUCUGGCUUCUGACAGGACUUUC